AUGGCGAUCGCCCCCCGCCGCGGCCAGUCAUUCGGCCAGGAGACGACGAAGUUGGCGCCUUCGGCGGCGGACGCGGCCCGCAGCCAGCUGGUGAUGAUCGCCGGUUCAGGCAGCGGGCAGAUAGAUCUGGCGGCCUUGAGAGGGGCAUGGGGUGCCCAGGAGCUGUCACAUGGGCAGGCGGGCCAGCUCCAUGACAGGGUGGUGACCACCGAGCCGCGGGCAGCGUCGACGGACACGGGAAUGCACCGGAGGCUGUCAUCUCCGGGACCGGACAGCAGCGAGGGCUGCUCGCCGGCGGAUCCCCGCCCACGGCCCGACCGCGCGGUCCGUCGCGUCGCGAGGGGCUGCGAUCCAUCGGAUCCGAACGGCCAGCUGGCAGCCAGCGCUGGGGCUGCGGACCAGUCGGCGACGGACAUGCGCCGGAGGAACAACCGCAUCGCGCAGAAGACCUUCCGAGAGAGGCAGAAGCGGCGCAUCGAGGAGCUGAACGACGGCAUCAGCGCCUUGAAGGACAAGGUGGGCCCAGCAGGAGGGGAGUUUUAG